AAAAUGUCAAUGAAGUAUUUAAGAUUACUAGUUUUAAAAUACUUUUGAAAUGUAUAAAAAUUGUAUUUUUUUUCCCAGUUAAACCAAACAUCUAGAAAGCUCAAAGGAAGAAGCAACAAAUCCAACAAUAUUCACAGAAUUGUCUUUCCUGUCACUAUUACGUAGUGUUGACGAAAACCCAUUUUGUUUGAAUUAUGAAAACUUAUUUUGUGAUUGUAGUGACGACAACGUAAAUAUUUUUAAGUAAUAUCUAUCGAUUAAGAAUUAAGGAAACUGAAUAAAUGAAAUGGGUCAGAAACUCGAAAUAAAUGAAAUUGGAAAGAAAAUAUCUUUUUGUAAGUAAAUGAAUGAAAUAAAGUUAGAAGCAUGUGGAACAACGAUUUUCCUUAUAAGCAUAGCACUUAUUGAACAAAGAAUCUCCUACAGCAGAAAGCCAUGGCUGUUAUAUUGAAGAAUCACAGCCUAUUAGUCACUUUCUUAUUCCUCUGCUGUUUAUUGCCAUGGCGGCAGAUACAUGGGUUCAAAGUACCAUUUCAUCCAAAGGAUAUUCUGCCAUUUUUACCAAGACAGGUCUCAUGGCCCAUCCUCAACUCUCUCCACAGUGCUGUGGACCUCAUGCCCACUUUUGUUGGGGUUGCUUCAAAUAAUAUACUGGAGUGGAAAGGUGCUUGCUUUUACAAGAAUAUUGCUUGGUUGGAGCUUCACAAUAAGUCCCAAAGUCAAUUUGGUGGAGGCACCCUUCAUAUUAAGGUGAGCAAUGCACACAGUUGGACAUGUAUGGAUCUUUACAUCUUUGCAACCCCAUAUCGCGUGACAUGGGACUACUACUUAUUGUCUCGUGAACAUACCCUUGAAAUUGAAGAAUGGGAGUCUCAAGCUGAGUUAGAAUAUGUCAAACAUAAAGGUAUCUCAAUUUUCCUAAUGCAAGCAGGAAUGUUAGGAACCCUUUCAGCACUCUGGGAUGUUCUCCCUUUGUUCACGAACACUGGAUGGGGUGAGAACUCAAAUAUUGGUUUUCUAAAGAAACAUAUGGGUGCUUCAUUUGAAAAACGUCCACAGCCAUGGGUCACCAACUUUACUACCGAUGACAUACAUUCUGGAGAUUUUCUUGCAUUAUCAAAAAUUAGAGGUCGCUGGGGUGGUUUUGAGACUUUAGAGAAAUGGGUAUCAGGAGCUUAUGCUGGCCAUUCUGCUGUUUGCUUGAGAGACUCCGAAGGAAAACUAUGGGUUGGCGAAUCUGGAAAUGAGAAUGACAAGGGAGAAGAUGUUAUUGCUCUACUGCCAUGGGAAGAGUGGUGGGAGUUUGAGCUGUCAAAAGAUGAUUCCAAUCCACAUAUUGCAUUGCUCCCUUUGCACCCUGACCUCCGAGCCAAGUUUAAUGAAACUGCUGCUUGGGAAUAUGCAAAAAGCAUGGAUGGCCAACCUUAUGGUUACCACAACUUAAUAUUUAGCUGGAUAGACACAAUUGAUGGAAAUUACCCCUCACCCUUGGAUGCUCAUCUGGUUGCUUCUGUCAUGACUGUUUGGAACCAAUUACAGCCUGCGUAUGCUUCUAACAUGUGGAAUGAAGCCUUGAACAAGCGACUCGGAACUCAGAACCUUAGUCUUCCUGAUGUUCUUGUGGAAGUUGAAAAGCGUGGAUCCUCUUUUGCUGAAUUGUUGACUAUUCCCGAGCAGGAUGAUUGGGUUUAUAGUGAUGGAAAGUCAACAUCAUGUGUUGCUUUCAUUCUUGAAACGUACAAGGAAGCAGGAUUAUUUGGUGAACUUGCAAGCUCAAUUCAGGUUACAGAAUUCACGAUAAAAGAUGCUUACUCUCUCAAGUUUUUUGAGACCAAUUCAAGUCGGUUACCGAAGUGGUGUAAUGCAGAUGACAGUGUGAAGCUUCCUUUCUGUCAAAUUCGAGGAAAGUACCGGAUGGAACUACCUGGAUACAAUAGUAUGGAUCUAUACCCCCAUAUGAAUGAAAGAUGUCCAUCUAUGCCUCCGAAAUAUUACAGACCUCAAGGUUGUUGACAAGAGUUUCCCAUCUUCCUUGUAAUUAUCAGAGGUUAGCAUGUUGCAUAUAAUUCUUCACUCAUCAGUUCUCAGGUUGUUAUACAAUUCCCUAGGUACAAAGCUUGCUGAUGGACAUAUAUGUUGCUCUUAUUUAAGAGUUUGUACAGAGUUUGGUCUUUCAGUGCUUCUUGAAAGUUGCACGGGCCAGAAUGCUAGCUUGACAAGUUCCUGGUUUUUAUUUAGAUAUAUACUGAACGAUAUUGGGAAAAUGAAUCCCAAAGAACUUGUACAUAUGGAAAAGAGGUGGUAUUCUAAGUGAAUAUUAGUUGUUUCUUUCUA